AUGAUUAAGAAGUUAGGCAAUAUGGAAUACAACCAGAAACGGGAGAGAUGUGGACAAUACCUUGAAGCCCUCGAAGAAGAACGUCGCAAGAUUCAUGUCUUCCAACGUGAACUUCCUCUUUGCUUAGACCUUGUAACUCAAGCAAUCGAGGCAUGUAAGAGGGAGAUACCCGAGACGACGACGGAGAAUGUAUACGGACAACCGGAGUGCUCAGAGCAGACGACCGGAGAAUGUGGGCCCGUCUUGGAGCAGUUUCUGACCAUUAAAGACUCAUCGACCUCUAACGAGGAAGAGGAUGAAGAAUUUGAGGAUGAGCAUGGAAAUCACGAUCCUGACAAAGAUCCCGAGGAUGACAACAUGAAAUCUGAUUGGCUUAAGUCUGUUCAACUCUGGAACCAACCCGAAGCUCUUCUCCCAAAAGAGGAACGCUCGCCACAGGAAAUGAUGGAGACGGUGAAGAGAGAUGAGAGUAUGAGAAAAGAUCCGAUGAUGAACGGUGGCGAAGGAAGGAAGAGAGAGGCGGAGAAAGACGAAAGAAGAAAACAAAGAAGGUGUUGGUCGUCGCAGUUGCAUAGACGCUUCUUGAACGCUCUUCAACAUUUAGGUGGACCUCAUGUAGCUACGCCAAAGCAAAUCAGGGAGUUAAUGAAGGUUGACGGAUUGACCAAUGAUGAAGUUAAAAGCCAUUUACAGAAAUAUAGACUGCAUACAAGACGGCCAAGCCAAACAGUCCCUUCCAACGGAAACUCUCAAACGCAACAUUUCGUAGUCGUCGGAGGUUUAUGGGUCCCACAAUCUGAAUACUCUACGGGCAAGAUCACCGGAGGAGCCACCACCAGCGGCACCACCACCACCACCACUACUACUGGGAUCUAUGGAGCCAUGGCUGCACCACCACCGCCACAGUGGCCGAGCCAUUCCAAUUUUAGAUCUUCAGUUAUUGUGGAAGAGGGAUCGGGAAGUCAUAGCGAAGAGGGGAUGGUCCGGUGUAGCUCGCCCGCGAUGUCUUCUUCUACUCGUAAUCGUUACGUCAAGAAAAGUUAA